GUGAGCCAACCGUAUCAUGUGGGUAAUUUUUAGAACAUACCUGCUAUAAAAAGGAGUGGACAGUGCUCAACAGAUUAUAAUCAACACACGGUUGUCACAGAGUUCGCAUAUCUUCCAAAAUGGCAUUCAAAUUCGCCGUCUUUGCCGCCAUUGUUGCUGUGGCUAAUGCUGUAGCGAUCGGAUACCCAGCUGCUAUUUCUGCCGCUUAUCCAGCUAUUGCCAAAGUUGCUGCUCCAGUGAUUGCCAAGGCCGUUGAUGAUUACGACCCUAACCCACAAUACAGCUACAGCUAUCACAUUGCUGAUGCCCUAACUGGUGAUAACAAGGAACAGCAGGAAUCUCGCAGCGGAGAUGUCGUCACCGGAUCAUACUCUCUGGUCGAACCUGAUGGCACCCGUCGUGUAGUUGAGUACACAGCUGAUCCAGUCAACGGAUUCAACGCUGUUGUGCAUCGUGAACCACUUGCAGUCAAGGCCGUUGCUCCAGUGGCAAAGAUUGCUGCUCCACUAGGAUAUCUUGGUUAAACUAGGUUUGAAUGUUUGAAUCAGUCGGGAUUGUACAGAAAAAUAUUUAGGACUGCACUUUACCACUAUAUACAACAAAAUCUUUCUAUUUUGUGAAAAUCACCGGCACAUUCUUCAUCAAACAUCUGUCGACCGACCACUGCACUGCCUGUUUUUCUGGACUAUGAGCAACUAUCCGUACAAAAACGUACACAAUGUACACAAGACAAUUAGAAUCAUCCAUUUGUAAAUAGCAGCAUUAUCGCUAAAGCAAAUAAACGUACCAUACGAACCCAUCAACCGUGCAUACCAAGAGCAGUGCAUCAAUAGCGCACUCUACUGUUAUGUUUGACUGUGUGUGACUUAAGUGUUAUUCUAGUUUUAUUAGCUCAAUAAACGCAA